UUAUUACCAAGCCCUCGUUCCUUCAUCCCCAGCUUCAAAGGAUUCCAGCUGGGCAUUCCCAUCAUCACUGUUCCCCUUUCUCUGGCAUCAUGGUUUAAUGGUCCAUCAACAAAUGCUCCAUCGUCAUUUUGCGCAAUUGCUACAGCCUCUCCGCUGUCUUCCGCAUUCAUUCUCCCCUCAGCCGUAAUCAUGCGACAACCAUCGACUCUCAUUUCAAACGCAGGUCUCGGGCCAUCGGUCCAGUUACGAUCCCUUCUGCUGUCCUCUUCGCGAUACCGCAUUCCGUCCGCUGCUCACUUCCGUUCCCUCUCGACCGAAUCUUUAACAAACUCGUCUGCCAAUGGAGAACAUCUCCCUGGACUCAAUGCUUCCGCUCGCAAGUCAAACGCUGCACCCUUGAGAUCUAUUCCAGGAAGCCAGGAGUCGUUAUUGACGCAACCGUUUUCGACGUCUCCAUCGCAGCCCGCGGAUUGGGAUGCCAACCCCAAUCUCUCCAUCUCCGCCUUUUCCGAGCUUCCGUCGAAGAACUUCGGGGUCAACCAGCACAUGAUAAUCAAUGAGGAGUUCAAGGAAGCACUGCGUCAGAUUCUGUGGCAGUUUAAAGCACCAAUUCGAUAUGCAUUCGCCUACGGUUCUGGCGUUUUCCCCCAGUCAGCUUCGCCAUCCCCCAGCCAGAGUCAUCCGGCGCCUCCGCAAGCGAUCCAGACUGUUCAGCAAGGCAAGGGCAAGAUGAUCGACUUUAUUUUCGGAGUUUCAUACAGCCAACAUUGGCAUUCGCUCAACCUCCACCAGCACCGUGACCACUAUUCCGCGCUUGGAUCUAUGGGGUCCUAUAUGGUGUCCAAGGUCCAGGACAGCUGGGGAGCGGGCGUCUACUUCAAUCCUUAUGUCACGGUUAAUGGUACCCUGAUCAAGUAUGGUGUUGUUAACCUGGACACUCUCUGCAGAGACCUGAGCGAGUGGGACACUUUGUACCUCGCUGGCCGAUUGCAGAAACCGGUCAAGAUCUUGCGGGAUCACCCUAGUGUCCGCCUGGCAAACCAGAUAAACUUGCUUUCUGCGUUGCGCGUGGCGCUGCUGUUGCUCCCCCCGGACUUCACGGAACACCAGCUCUACAGCACGAUCGCCAGUAUUAGCUACAUGGGAGAUCUCCGUAUGUCUCUUCCAGCCGAAAACCCUCAGAAGGUUAACAACAUUGUGUCAAACCAAAUGGCCAACUUCCGUCGACUUUAUGCACCGUUGAUUGAGACUCUCCCGAACGUCACAUUCAAUGACCCCCAGAGCAGCCAUUCAGACUGGCUAGACAACCCCGAAUCGAAUUUGCGCCUGUCCCAGGACAUGGACCCCGUUAAACGCGGUAAUAUGGUCCGGCGACUCCCGAAAUCCUUCCGGGAGAAGCUUUACUUCCAGUAUCAAGCACGAUAUCAGAUCCCACGAGCGGAAUUCAACGAAAUGAUGCAGAAAGCAAGUGAUGAAGACCCCGACAGGAUUCAUCGUCGCCAGGGCGGUCCGUUUGAGAAGAGAGUCGCCGCAGACGAACAUCUGAAGGAAGAAGUCCAAGCUUCCAUCCGGAAGACGAUCCGCUGGCCGAGUACAGUUCAGACGAUCAAGAGUAUUUUUACAGCAGGGAUCAGUAGGUCCUGGCGCUAUCUCCAGGAGAAGCGUCAGAAAUUCCAGGAUUCUGGCAAAGAGCAGGCAGAGCCUCCCAAAGUACCAGACGCUCAGACGGAUAAGUCCAAACAUGAAUAAACUUUGUCGCUUAAUUCAUUUGCGCGAUGCUGUGCUCGUGAUGAAUAUUGGCAUAUUUGGCGGAAUAGUUGCGCUGUUCUGAAACUCUCAUAAGCAGGUUGGCUAUUAUAGAUGGAAGAGCAUUAUAGGCGUUUGGCGGAUCAUCACCAGCUGGCGAGUGUGUGGCUGUUAGAAAAUUUGUACAUAUAUAGUUGAGUGUCUACGUUGGCAGCAGAGAUUCCUGCGUGAUAGAAGGGAAAGAACUGAAUGGAUUGAUUGUUUUCAGACCAAGAAC